GGAAGUUGAGGAGACAAGAGUUCGGAGCUGAGAGAGGCGCCGCGGUGGAUUGUGGGAUGCGUUAGCUUGUCUCUGUACGGACCGUCUUUCGUUUUUGCCCACGGUUAUUAAAAAAAAUGGACGCGGGAUUUUUCCGCGGCACCAGCGCGGAGCAGGAUAACCGCUUCAGUAACAAACAUAAGAAGUUGCUGAAGCAGCUGAAGUUUGCAGAAUGUCUGGAGAAAAAGGUGGACAUGACGAAAGUAAACCUGGAGGUGAUCAAGCCGUGGAUCACGCAGCGCGUCACAGAGAUCCUCGGCUUCGAGGACGACGUGGUGGUGGAGUUUGUCUUCAACCAGCUGGAGGAGAAGAACCCAGACGGUAAGAUGAUGCAGAUUAACCUGACCGGUUUCCUGAAUGGGAAGAAUGCACGCGAGUUCAUGAAGGACCUCUGGCCCCUGCUGCUGAGCGCCCAGGAGAACAUCGCCGGGAUCCCGUCCGCCUUUCUCGAGCAGAAGAAAGAGGAGAUCAAGCUCAGACAGGAGUCACUGGCCGUUUUGAAAAAGGUGGAUGAAGACAAGAAAGAGAGAGAGAGUAAAGAGAAAGCUCAGUCCAGGAGUCCUAAACGGAGAAAAUCUCGUUCACCUGCGAAGCGCGAAAGGAAACGCAGCCACUCUUGCUCGCCUCGCCGCAAACCCAGCCCACCGGCUCUGCCCCUGCCCAGUCCACCCAGCCACAAACCCGAGCCUCAGCCAGAGCCUGACCAGUCAGAAAGCUCCAAACCAGAACCUCUGGUCCAGGAGGCUUCCUCUACCAGUGAUGUAGCGAAUGACGCAAAGCCGGAUUCAGUGUCCGAAGUUCCUAAGGACGUGUCUCCGGAGAAACCUGCAAAGACGGAGGACAAACCUAAACCGAGAGACAGAGAUCGAGACCGGGAUCGGGAGAAAGAUGGACGCAGAGAUCGCCCACGCCAUCGCACACGAUCUCGCUCGCCCCGCCCACGACGGCGCCACCGCUCACGCUCGAGGUCGUACUCACCCCGGCGCAAACCGAGCCCAAGGAGACGCAUGUCCCCCAGACGCAGGAGUCCCCCAAGACGACCCCCUCCUUCCAGACACAGACGCAGCCGUUCACCUGCCCGCAGGCGGCGUUCACGUUCUCGCUCAUCUUCAGGCAGCUCGUCCUCACGCUCGCCUCAUAAAAGGCCCGCUAAACGCACCUCCAUCACACCCCCCCGGAAACAGCCACGCCGCACUGACACAUCAUCCAGCCCCAGCAGGAGGCGCCGCAGCCCCUCAGGUUCGGCUCGGCGUCCUGCCGGAAGAAACGAGUCGCCAUCUCCUGCUCCCAAACCCAGACGAUCAGACCCCUCAGAAUCCGAGGAGGAUAAGUUGGGGAAGGGGGCAGCGGUCGAUUCGGUCCAGCAGCGACGGCAGUAUCGCAGACAGAAUCAGCAGUCCUCUUCAGAUACCGGAUCGUCCUCCUCAUCCUCAGAGGACGAAGGGCCGAGGAGAACGGGCAGAGGGCCACCAGCAAGGAACGGUGACAUCAGGAGGAGGCGGAGUCACUCACCUGUGUCGCCUAGGAGACGGCACAGAGAUGCAUCACCAAGAAAGAGACGAUCUCCAUCUCCUCGUCGUCACCGCUCACCUUCACCCAGACGACGCAGGUCACCAUCACCUCCACCCAGACGCAGGUCGCCCUCCCCCCCUCCUCGCCGCUAUUCGCCGCCCAUCCAGCGGCGCUACAGCCCAUCGCCUCUGCCCUCUCACAAGAGACGCCCGUCUCCUUCGCCUGCUCCUCCGAAGCGCAGCAGUCCUCGCUCGUCUUCCUCUCCCCCUCCACGCUCACGCCGUAGCCCACCCAUGUCCUCCUCAGGACGUCAGAGCAGCCCGCAAGGCAGGUACCCGGCUGCAGGGUCGUCCCCACAGCGGCGGGGGCAGUCUCCGUCUCACAGCAGAGCCAUUCGCAGGGUGUCACGUACACCUGAGCCACGUAACUCACAGAGAGGUUCUCAGAGCCCACGGCCGAUGAGAAGACAGUCAUCACGUUCGCGCUCUGCCUCUCCCGAUCGUUUCCCAGCAUCCUCAGCAGCAGCUUCCGGGUCUCUCAAGCGGCCGGCUCCUGCGUCUGCGUCCCCAUCCCCGUCCCCCGUCCGCUCGGCCAGUGGCUCUCCUGCUCCUCCACCUCCAGCUAAGAAGGCCAGCAGCGCCUCUCCUAGCCCCUCCCCCAACAAGAACUCUGACGUAGAUGGUGGGAAGAAAAAGAAGAAAAAGAAGGAGAAAAAACACAAGAAGGAGAAGAAACACAAAAAGCACAAGAAGCACAAGAAGGAGAAAGGUGGAGGUGGCGGUGCUGCUCCGACAGGGGAUGGCCAAGAAAGCACCCGGAUGGAGGAAGAGCAUGAAUCUGAUCAGAAAAAGGAAUCAGAGAGUGAAGUAGAGGACAGUCUGGAUGAUCUGGAGAAGCACCUGAGGGAAAAAGCUCUGCGCUCCAUGAGGAAAGCCCAGAUGUCUCCACCACAGUCCUGAAGAUCUUCCCUCGCAUCCCCUCCACGACUUCAUUCAUCUCUUCUUAUCCCUUUCUCAUUUUUUUGGACAUUUUGUUCAGCUUUAGAAUGUACAAAUUGUUCAGAGUUCACCCUCGAUGUUGGUGGAAAUUUUAUUUUUUUGAUGCAGUUUGUGUUGAAAUUUGCAGCAUGAUUUGUUUCUCCUUCCACUAAAAUGCAGGUUUAAAAAUAAAUAAAUAAACAAACAUCCAUCUUUUUCUCCCUCCCUCCUUCCCUCCUUCCUUCCUUCUGUAGUUCAUAAUAACUCUGCGAUUGAGACUGAGGGUUAGUGUGUAGAUUUGUUUUUCCUUCAUAACCUCACCAAGUGUUUUAUAAUUUAGGUUUUUUUUUUGGUUCGAUGCACAGAUCUGUGUUUUGGUCCAUGUGCAUGAUCCAUACCGUAAACACACACACACACACACACACACACAUACUGCACUGUGCAAAAAAACAACGGAGAACAAGCAGAAAAAGCUCUGCUUCUCGUCCCAGCAUUUGUUUUGUAACUUUUUAAGUUGUUUCAAGUUGUUGAACCGUUCAAAGAUUUCUGGCUUUGAAAAAGUCGCAUUAAAUGAAAAGAGAAAACUUG